AUGGCCGCAAGGGCCGUGGUCGCGACGACCGUGCGCGAGAUGAUCGCCGUGGACGCGAUGAUGGACGCAGCCGAGGGGAUGAUGAUCGUCGAGGACGACGUGGCGGGCGAGAUGAUCGCCACAUGGAUGACUCUCACCGCGGUGACGACCGACGUGGCGGCCGAGGUGACGAUCGUCGGGUGGACGACGACCGCCGUGGCGGCCGAGAUGAUCGUGGUGGCGAUGAUGGCAAUCGCACUCGCGAUGACGACCGCCGUGGAGGCCGAGAUGAUCGUCGGGGCGAUGACGAUCGCCGUGGAGGCCGAGAUGAUCGUCGCGGCGAUGACGACCGACGUGGAGGCCGAGAUGAUCGUCGUGGUGGUGAUGACCGCAGGGGUGGUAGCAGAGACGACGUCCGACGUGGUGACGACCGCCGUGGAGGCCGAGAUGAUCGUGGCGGAGAUGAUGGCAAUCGCACUCGGGAUGACGACCGACGUGGAGGCCGAGAUGAUCGUCGGGGCGAUGACGACCGCCGUGAUGACGACCGACGCGGUGGUCGAGGUGAUGACGACCGACGUGGUGGUCGAGGUGAUGACGACCGACGUGGUGGCCGAGGUGAUGACGACCGACGUGGUGGUCGAGGUGAUGACGACCGACGCGGUGGUCGAGGUGAUGACGACCGACGUGGUGGUCGAGGUGAUGACGACCGACGUGGUGGCCGAGGUGAUGACGACCGACGUGGUGGUCGAGGUGAUGACGACCGACGCGGUGGUCGAGGUGAUGACCGACGUGGUGGUCGAGGUGACGAUGACCGCCGAGGACGUGGAGAUGAUCGCCGGGGCGGUCGCGGAGAUGAUGACCGUCGACGGGAUGACGAUGGUCGUGGCGGAGGAAGAGAUGAUGACGGAAAUGGUGGAGGCAACGGUGGCGGAGGCACCGGUGGCGGAGGCAACGGUGGCGGAGGCAACGGUGGCGGAGGAAACGGUGGCGGAGGAAGCGGUGGCGGAGGCAACGGUGGUGGAGGAAACGGUGGCGGAGGCAACGGUGGUGGAGGAAGUGGAGGGCGCGACGAUGACGAUGGCUCCAGGCCUGGAGAUUGGAUAUGCACUGCUGGUGGCUCCUGGAGAUCAUUGGGUGCACUGGCCGGAUCGAUGGUUUAACGUCAUCUCAGAGCCUUACCAGGCCCGAGACAAGUACCGCAAGCUGAUCCGCAAGCAUGCAUUGCACUUCAAGAAGCGCGGGGUGAAGAUCGCUACACCGCAAGACGUCUACUCAGGUUGGGCGAAGCGAAGCUGGGCAAGGUGGAACAGUCCGCUGGACCGGUGGCUGCAGCAUCGACGCGAAAACUACGACCCUGAGCUGCGACCCUGA